AGCGAUGCCUUGGAAAUGUUAUUAAGAAUUUAUAAGUUUUUUCAAAACUUAAAUCGGAGUAUUUAUGGGAGCUUACUGUUAAAAGUAGAAUCGUGUAUUCAGUGUGAAAUUUUCACUAUUCAUUUGUUUGGAACAAUUACUUUGACAUGUGUCUGCGGGUGCGUAAAAUUUCCCCGCGUAGCAUUCUCAACCAUCUCGCAAUCAUCACCCGACGCGGCACAAGCGAAAUGUAGAUAAGGAUAUUAUUAUUAGAUAUUUUGUAAUUUGUUGUACUUCGUAUAUUUACUGUGAACUGAGGGCUACACUCAGGAUAACAAAAUAUAAUUCAAUAAACCUAUCGUUUAUAUUAUUAUCAAUGAUUUAGAAGUUUCAGUCAUUAGACAAUCGUCUGACGUAACCAACAUUAUUCUACUGUUUAGUGAAGUUUUGUCUUUAUAAGUUAAAAUGAAUAGCAAGUACAAACCUAAGCAUAGAAAGCCGUUAUCCCACAGAAAAAAAAAAUAAAGGGAAUGUAAAGGCAUUUACUAAAACCACCAAUGCAUUUCAAUCAACGACAUCAUCAAUAUCUACGAAUACCAACAUCCACGGGAAAUGUAACUACUUGUUAACCAAUGAUGAUAUUUCAUUAGCUACCCCUCUGGAUACUACCGGGUACCAAAAUUCAUUGUUGGAUAUGACUAAUCAUUUACAACCUAGUUGUUCAUCACCAAUAAAUAAAGAAGUAAAUGUGUCAUCUUCGUUAUUCAAUACAGUUUUAAAUAUAUCACCAAUCAAUAAAUCAGAAAUAUUAUGCACAAAAGACCAAACACAAUACGAAGAAUAUCCAAAUUUAUGCAUUUCAGAUUCACCGGCGAAGAAUAAUACGGAAGAAAUUGAAGUAUGUGGUAGAAGAAUUGUAAAUAUAUUUAAUUUAUUCGAGGAAAUUAAAAAUAUUGACAAGCAUGACCCAUUUGACUGUAGUUUUAAAAAUAUGAUUGUCAUUGGUGAGAAACGAAUUGGUUUUAAAUCAAUCUUCACUUUUAAGUGCAGUAUGUGUCAAAUUAAAAAGACUGUGGGUACUGAAAACAAUGUAUUUACGCCCAUAAAUACAUCAGUAGUCAUUGGAGUCUUGAACAUUGGAUGUGGUUAUAGUCAGCUUCAAGAGGUUAUGAGUGCAAUGGAAGUACCAACUAUUCAUAUAAAGACAUACCAGGCUGAGCACGAUCUUAUAUGUAAAGGGUACGAAGAAACCGCCUUAGAAACAAUGAAAGAAGCAGCAAAAGUUGAAGCUGAACUAGCCGUUGCAGAAGGAGAAGUCGAUGUCGAUGGAACACCUUUAGUGGCAGUCGUAGCUGAUGGAAGCUGGUGUAAGAGGUCGUAUAGGACUAUGUACAAUUCACCUUCUGGUAUGGCUGCACUUGUAGGAUACAGAACAAGAAAGAUUUUAUUUAUGGGUGUCAAGAAUAAAUUCUGCGCAAUAU